AAUUCUUUCUUCUAUCUAUCUAUCUCUGUCCAGCUAAUUCACGCCAUUCAAAUAAAUAAAACAACUUAUCCUCCAAAUUCCAGACCCUUUUGGUUUCUGCAAAAAUGUCGAGAGCUCAACCACAAAAAUGGGUCUCCCUACUCAUCCUCUUCCUUCUACACCUUUUACUCACAUCUCACGCUGACGUGGGCUCUGCUGCACAGUACCCUCCUCCAUAUUUACCGACGGCGUGUUACGGCAGCGAUUCGUCGCAGUUUCCUUCGAGCAACUUAUUUGCGGCGGCUGGAGACGGAAUAUGGGACAAUGGAGCAUCCUGCGGGAGGCAGUACUUGGUGAGGUGCAUAAGCGCGGCACGAACGGGGACGUGUGUUCCCGACAAGACCAUUCAAAUAAGAAUCGUGGAUUAUGCCGGCUCUGUUAAUUCUGCGCCGUCGGCUCCCGCCACCACCAUGGUCUUGUCCCAAACAGCUUUCGGAGCCAUCGCAAAUUCAACGGCAAUAUCAAUCAACAUUGAGUUCCAACAGGUGUGAUGUGGGAAAUGUAGAAAUGACGAGGUCUGAGGUGGGUUUGAAUUUUCAAUCAUGUCAUGUGUGCAAAGGGACCGUGUGAUGAGUGGUGGAAGGGGCAGGAGAUGGCGGAAAUUCAUGUGCUUUUGUAUUCUAGUUAUAUAUAUUUUGAUUAUUGGUCAUUGUAACUUGUAAUGGAAUAUUCAGCAAAUGUGCACAAAAAUAUGUCAUUUUCAUUUUCUAUUAUACAUUAAAUAUUUAUUACUUUUCAUUAA